CCAGGAAGGAGGUGUGAGAUGAGACAUGCUUCCUCCAGUAGAGAGAGAGCAGAACCAUUUACCUUCCAGAGAAGGCAGAGAGAAGAGGGAGCCACAAAAUCCAUAGCCUGCUAUGCAGUAUUUAGCAUAUGGAUCAGUCACACUUUCCAAUGAACUGGUCAGGGUUUUUGAAACCAUGAUUAUUUCGGUAUACCCCUAUCCAGCAAAACUUGUGAGAUAGGAAGAGAUCAUGGGGACUUACUGUUCUGAGCUUAGUUGAAAAUUUCUGUCUCUGAAAGCCUGGCAUAAAGAUCUCCAGACAGCUAUCUGAUCACAGAACAGGAUUUAUGCCUAACUGCAGUGACACAGCAAUGAUAUCUUCUUCUGUGCUGCUGGAUGGAGGAGAUGAAGUGGAGUGCAGUAUUUUAAGAUUUCCAGAUCUGGACUUGAAAGAUCCUCUUCCUUUGACAGCCAAAAGCAAUCUCAAAGCGGAAUCAGAUACCAGUGUCAGAAAGAAGUAUGCAUUUGCAAAGAAGAAGGCAUUUGCCCUCUUUGUCAAAGCAAAGGAAGUGCAUGUCACAGCUAGCUGCCCUCCAGCUAUGUGCAGAGCGGGACUGGGGUGGAAAUGCUGCAGACAAACCUUUAACGACCUCACCGGCAUUCACAUACACGUCGCCACGCAGCAUUCCAGUGACAUCCGGCAGCAGACAGGUGUGAUUCUAAAGCAGUUGGCUGCUGAAGCCAGCACCUCAAGUAACCCAGCUUCUGCAGACGAGGCAGAUAGGCUAAGCGGUCCCACCUGUAACAGCCAGGAGCUCUCUGAUAGGCUCCCAGACACAAGCCACAUUAGUUUUGAUGAACUGACAAGUGGAGUGGGAGAAGUGCUGUUAUAUUACUGUUACCGGGAGGUGAAAGACCCAGUGAGGCUCUGUGCUUGGCAGAGGUCUCUGUGCCAGCACCUUCAUCUCACUGGCAAGGUGCGCAUUGCUUCAGAAGGCAUUAAUGGGACAGUUGGUGGAAGCAAAGUAGCUACCAGUCUUUAUAUAGAGGCAAUGCUUUCCCACCCUCUGUUCAAAACGAUUUUGUGCAGAGAGGAUUUCAAGAGCAGUGCUGGAGGAGCUCACUGUUUCCCAGACCUUCGAGUUGGCGUAUUUGAAGAGAUUGUACCCAUGGGCAUCAAUCCAAACAAAGUCUCCUACAAAGAAACCGGAAUCCAUUUAUCCCCUGAGGAAUUUCAUAAAGAAGUAGAAAAAUAUUUAUCUCAGGCUCCUCAAGCACAAAGCGACACCAUUUUACUGGACUGCAGGAACUUUUAUGAAAGUAAAAUAGGUCAUUUCCAGGGCUGCCUGGCUCCAGACAUCAGGAAGUUCAGCUACUUCCCCAGCUACGUAGACGACAAUCUCGAGCUUUUUAAAAACAAGCGCGUAUUGAUGUACUGUACAGGAGGGAUCCGCUGUGAGCGUGGCUCCGCCUACCUCAGGACGAAGGCUGCAUGCAGGGAGGUUUACCAGCUCAAGGGUGGCAUCCACAAGUACCUGGAAGAGUUUCCGGAUGGGUUCUACCGGGGGAAGCUGUUUGUGUUUGACCAACGUUACACCAUCUCUGCCAAUGAAGAUGUCAUUGCAGAAUGCAGGUACUGCAGGACGCUCUGGGAUCAGUACAAACUGUGCUCCAGCCUGCACUGCCGGCAGCUCGUCCUGACCUGCCCAAGCUGUCGAGCGAAGGGACUCACGGCUUGCUGCCCCGUUUGUCAGGAGAAAGGGCUCAAGCUGGCUUCAAACCCUUCUGGACGGAUGGUCAAGGAGGAAUGUGACUGCACGGACAGACGGCAGCGGGUCCCAGUCAAACACAUAUGCUCGGUCAGUGUGCCCGCCAGAGAGCAGGAGGGGAAACACGCACCAGCUACAUUCACAGCUGAUGGGAAUUGCCGAGAAGCACACCUCUGGGGAGCGCCAGCACCACGGACUAUGGGGAGCAUGGAAGAAUGCACGCAAGCAGGCGUGUAGGCAGACUCACCAAGAUCGUUGUUGUUCAUCAUGGCGUUAGAUGCACGAAGCCGGGGACCUUGCUGUGUAAAGUGAUACCCGAACUUCAAAAGGGAGCUAUUUUUUUCUAACAUGUUUGCAAUCUCCAUUUCCACCUUGUUGCCCAGCGGCUGGCUCUUUAUUAAAAGAGAAUGGAAAAGCAGGUUACAACUGAGGGCUGCCCUGUUAUUUUGGUCUUUGAUCCCCUGACUGCCUCCUGCUGACUCUACAGUACAUCUCACAGUGCCAGCAAACAUUGCACGGGGCCUCCCCCCACACUGCCCGGCCAGAACCUUCCGCACAGCGCUCUACAGCUCGGCCUCAGGGAGUUACUCCAUUAGCUGGCAGUAAUCCUCUAUGUGGACUAGCCACUUGUCAAGCCAUCUACACAUACUAUCCCCCACCACCAGUUGUUGGUUUUUUAGAGUGAUUGUCUAGAAAACAUCAGGUGAGCCAAACCCCACAUUUUCUGAUACAAGGCCCCCCAACAGAAUAUUUUUUAUUCAAUCUAAGAGGUCCAGUUGGGGUUUGUUUUACCUGGUUGUCAAUUUUGAGCUCGAUCAGUGAAGUAUUGUGCUGGAGUGCUUCGAUCAGAGCCAGGAUCCCGGACCCAGAAAUGAAGUUGGAUUCCACAUUCAAGCUCUUCAAUACACCGUUGGCUUUUAACAUCUCAGCCAGUGCCUACAGUCACAAAUGGGAGAGCAUUGGUAUUGAAUAAUAAAUAAUAGGAAGAGUGGCCCAGUGCACUAGCCUGGGACUCUGGAGACCCGAGUUCAAGCCCCUACUUCUCCACAGGCUGCCUGUGACACCUUGGGCAAAUCACUUAGUCUCUCUGUGCCUCAGUUUCCCAUCUCUGGCAUUUUUCAUACAAUAUAAAGGUACAAAAAAGGGCACCAAGAUUUUUUUCCUCUUUGCAGGUUGCUUUAAACAAUUUCUCUUGCAAGACAACAAUUCCACUUACAACCUUCCCACAGCAAUUAGCCUGUCAUCACACACAACAAGGUCUGGUACUUACAUAGGCUACCGGGUCAUUGCUUCUUGUUCCUAUUAUGCUUAACUUCUUUACAUAGGAAUUAUUCUUCAGUGCUUCAGCAUAUGCUUUUAAAGUCGGUAUGGGAA